CCUUUUCGCCUCCACGCACUGCACCGCUGGGCCCUUAAGCACCAUGGCAACCUCUCCUCACUGAUCCACACGAGGCAAGGCAAUCGAGUCUACAUCCAUCUGGGAGAAGAUCCGUCCCUUCCUGCUGUGUGCCAGCUUCAGUCUUUAUUCUUCUUUCAAAAUUACAUGACCUCAGAUUUGCAGCCAGAAAAAGUGAAGGGCUGCACCCUUCCCAGAGGGAGUGAGGCUAGCCCGGAAGUCCAUGUGAUCAAGCUCCAUUCAGCAGGCUCAGGGCUUAGUGGCUCUCUGCAGGUGGAUGUGAAGGUCUCUCUUGUACCCCCAGAGGCCACUUCAGAACCACAGAAGGUGGUGCUGAUUCUUAGCAGCUUAGUCCCGGUUAACUGGGUGAUUACAGCUCCCAAUGUCUGGGGUCACAUUUCUGUUCAUUCCUACAACAGUGUCUCUCUGCCAUUUCCACCAGAGCCUAACGUAACCAUGUCCAACACACUUGUAUCUGACCUGUCUACUUUCUCUGAUCCUCUUGUUUGGGCCACUGAGAGCGGCUACACACAUGUAAGGUCAUACACUGAGGCUGACCUGGAGAAUCGCUUUGUGAUCCAGCUGGCAGAAGGCGGGACAGUUAAAUGGAUUAACAGUGGUUCUGUCUUUCAGAGCUUGUCUCUGCCGGCUGCUGCCAUGACACUGAAGGAUCAGAGAUGCCAGGCUUUGUCCAAUGGGAGCCAUUUCCUGUUAGCACUACCGAUUAUUUUCUGCGGAACUGAGGGCGUGCUGCAGGAAGAGCCCAGAGGAGUGCUGUACAAAAACAUGUUGCAGCUGUGGAGGGACAUGCCUCAGAGCGUUGCUGCACAAGAAGAGAAUGACAAGUCCAGACGGCCCCUCAGCGUACAUAUAAGCUGCUUUGCCACCAUUCCCUCAAAAUCUGCUGCUGCUGAUGAUAAUGUGACCCUUUCUCUGAUGGGACGGUUCACACGGGGGGUACAACAGGGUCUAGAGUCUGUUCCAACUCUCUACCAUCUACCAAAUCCCUUACUCAGAUCUGCUCUUCACCUGAGGCUUUUUGUCACUGACAGCUAUGAGCAGACAUGGAUUGGGCCCUGUGUCAUCACUGCUGACCACCGUGUCUUUGUCGAGAUUUCUGCCAAAACCUCCCUCGCAGAUGUGGUGAAUGUGGAGUCGUGUUUUGUAUCUCCUCAGUCUGACCCUAAAAAAUCUCCCUUUUGGAAUGUGAUAAGCAAUGGCUGCUCCUCAGACUCUUCUCUACACCUCGUCACAAAGCCAAAAGGUGAAGAGUAUGAAGGCACUGAACAGGAUGGUGAAAAGGAGGAAGACGUUGGUAAAGCAGACGGACAUGAGAGUGGCAGAAGAUUCUCAGUGAUGGACAAUGGCAUUCCAUACAUGGGAGAUUCGGGAAAAAUACAACUGUUGAGAUUUAGUUUUAUCCCGCGGCCAGUUUAUAAUGAGUCUAUGCAGUUUGUCCACUGCAGCCUUCUCCUGUGUUUCUCUGAAUCAGCGAAAGGAAAGCCCAUAAAUGACACAGGGGGGAAUAGCUGCCCAAGUGGGAUACUGAUUACUCCACUUGUGUCAGGAUCAUCCAGACAUCAGUGUGAGAUCAGAAACCUCUCCAGACCCAUGGUGGUCACUCGGUCUAUUAGUUCACUGGUGACCAAAAUGAAAUCCUCUGCUGGUCAAAGAACAAAGAGGCUAAGUCCACAAAGCACCAGUUUUGUGUUGCAAGAAGGACUGUUGAUGGGAAUCGUCGUUGUAGCUUUUUUAGUUGGAGUCAGUUUAAUGGGAGGACUGUGGUGCAUCUAUAAAUACACAGGUGGACGUCGAGAAGGUUUUAGAGAUGGUCAUUUAACAAAUCAGACAGAUGAGGGUUGCAACAUCAGGACUCCACCUUUUCUGUCUGAUCAAUCCUCCAGCUCAGUUUAGAGGGGUAGCAGCAUCAGAGCCAGGGACUUAAAAAAGCUCCACAAGGUAAUAAUAAAG